GAGAGGUUCGCAAGAGCCGGAAUAGCGAGGAAGUACAUUGCAGAUACAUCGCACUGUUCUACCGGGCAAGAGCUUCGAAGAUGCAAGGACCACCAGCCCAGGAACCUUUGGGACUCAGAGACGGAGAGGAUUUCACAGACCUUGCUCUUUUAUGUAUGAUUUCGUUCAAUCCACCCGGGCACUGCUGCUCUGCGAUGCCUCCCUCGCGCCUUCCAAGGCUGGGUUGAUGGAGUUGAUGUUCUUUCCUUACAUGAGGUGCGUAAUCUGCCUGCAUGGCAGGCGCAUUGGCUGAGCUCUCAACCCCGCCAUGGAGAUUCAGCCUUGCAAUUGUUCACCUCACCGGUCAGCCUUCUUAAGCCUGGUUACGGUCAUGUUUCCUUCUGUUCUCUUCCUUCUGCUUUCCUUCUUCUCCCACAGGUCUUCUGGAGUCGGUGCAGUCGCCGUUCCCGAUGGCCAACUUCGGCUUCUCCGCUGGAGAUAUCAUCCUAGUCAGCAAAUAUGCAUGGGACGUGUACAAGGUCAGUAAGCAUGCAGGGGAGGACUUCAAGGGCAUCACGAUUGAUGUGAAGUUGCUGCGGUCACACCUUCGCACCCUGGACGAGGAGAUAGAGAAUCGGAACUCCCUCAUACAUCGAUCGGACGCCAGACAGAGAGACGAACUGGGAAGUUUACUACGGAGCUGUCGUGCUGAUCUUCGAGAGUUGGAAAAGUUGCUCGCUAAGUACAAGUCGCUGAAAAGGUCCAAUCCCCGGGCUCGCGAUAAGCUCGCAUUUCGGGCGAGCAAACAAGCGGAUAUCCGAAACAAGAUCGCGACCCAUAAUGAUCGCCUCCAACGCUUCCUGAACGGACUCCAUACUGUUUCAUUGGGAAGGAUCGAAAGCCGUGCCGAGAUACAAGCACACUCGCUCGAGGAGAUACUACAGAAGCUAGAUUCCGUACAUCAAGCUGUUCGAGCUGGCAAAAGAGAUCCGUCUGUGCUUACAGAUAUGGACGAUUGGAUAAAGCAGGAGUUAGUCGACGACAACAUCACAGAGACAGAUGUGGAGGUCAACCGCGAGGAGAUCUCAGCGUGGCUUGAGCGACUCCGCGUCAACGGCGAGUUCACCAGCGUUUUAAAUGGCAUAGCCGAGCAAGAAGAGAAUGACGAAGAUGGGGAGAGCUCAGUGGUGCCAGACCUGAGCUUCCAGCCGAGGCGCAAAACAGCUAACAAGGCCCCAAAAGCGGCAACGAAUGCUUCCGACUUACGUCCUUUAGAGGCUUCAGAAGAACGCGCUUAUCAUGAAACCGGCUACAAGUCGAGUAGUCCUACUGAUGCCGAGCAAUCUGUAUCCAGCCAUGCGAGCGAAGCAGAAAUCCCAAUCACCGCUCAGAAACAGCCCAGGGAAUUCAAGAUUCAGAAAACCGACUCCGUGAUCAGCUCGAACGAGGAAUUAUUAAGCGACACAGAAGAGCUGAAUGCUGACUUCGAAGUGGACUUAACCCUCCACUCCCUACCCGAGCACAUAAUGCCUGAUCCGAACUCAAAUAGCAGCGCCGCAGUUCAACGGAAAUCCUGGUCCAUUUCUACCUUAGGCCGGCAACUGCCAUAUCAGUGGAUCCCUAGAGAGGGGAAAUCUGAAUUGGAGAUACCCCUUCCUGUCACACUUGAAGAGAUUUUCAACGGCGCGAUGAAGAGAGUUAAGAUCAAAAGACUGGCGUAUAAUGAGUCUGACGGGACGUGCUUCGUCGAGGGGACGGUCAAAGCAGUCUGGAUUGAGGCAGGACAAGGAAAUAAGAGCCGAAUUCACCAGAGAGGAUGGGGCAACGGAAACGGAUUCUGCUCGCAGGACGUAAUCUUCAUCGUGGAAGAGAAACCUCACGCUUUGUUCGAGAGAAUAGCAUGGCCUGACAAUAAGUUCUGUUUCAAUCUUCGACACGCUCUGCAAAUAACAUUGUGUGAAGCGCUCUGUGGCUGGGAGCGCAAUCUCGUUGGCCUUGAUGGUUCGAAGUUCCGAUUCUCAUGUCCCGGGCCAACGCAAAUUGAUCGGACCGAGAUCGUUUGGGGCCAUGGUUUACCGCUACAGAGCCGUCCAACGUCAAGGGGAAACCUCUGGGUGUCACUGUUAAUCAAUUACCCCGAUUCAUUGAAUGAUGCACAGAAGUGCGGUUUGGGGGAUGUCCUGAGGCAGUCAGGAAUGAAGGGCAGGUUCAAGGCUGAGGUUCUGGGCAAAGACUAGAUGUGGUAAAAGGCGCGCGGGUAAAAAGACGACGACCUUCCAAGAGCACUGGCACAGAUAAAAGGGUAUGUAAUGGCGAAGGAUUUGUAGAGCGGAGUGCCACAGUUUGAUACGAUAGAGCGAUAGAAAGAGCGGCAUUUCAGUCUCAAUACUCAUCGAAUUGGAUGGACCUUGAAUAGAAUGGCGGAGGACGAUUCCCGGAGCAGCGAAUUUAGGCACAUUUUGGUACACAUGCUGUUAUUGUAUGGAUCAUCCACGACCGCUAGGACGAGAUGACCUCGCUCCUAGUAAAAUGCGAGGAGGCAUAUAUGAGUAGUAGUAGGAGGAGGAAUACAACUAAGCUCCACUCACUUUCCUAUAGCCUUCCCAACAUAUUCGGCAAUGGCUAGCAUCU